AUGAAAAAACGUGCUCAAGAAUUAUUUCAAUAUAAAAUAAUAUCUUUUUUUCGAACAGGCUCCGGCAGUAGACAACGGCAAAGGCAACGUAUCCGCCGGAGCAAUCUAAGCAUUUAUACAAAUAUUACUGCCUCAUCACCUUUUAUUGAAACAGUUUUAAAUUUAUCGCCAAUACAAAUGUCUAUGUUUAUCAAAGGUCUUAAAUAUAUUCCACCAUGUCAAAGUCGAUUUUCACGUCAAUCUAUUGAUGAUAUUGUCAAUGAACAAUAUAAAACAUUACGUUCAAUUGUUCAAGGUUGUCUUGAUGAUCAUCGUGUGCAGCUUAUAGAACCACAUGAGAAAGAAGGUUUUCCUUGCUUGAAACGCAUACUCUAUGAAUUUCAAUCAAAAAAAUUACCACAUCAACUAAACAUUCGUGCUCGACGUGAACAAAAAGUAAUACGAAGUAUAAGAAAAAUUUUACGUCAUCGACCUGAUAUUACUGUUCGUCGAACUGACAAGAGCAAAGUAUUUUAUGCAGGUAAUGUGACUAUUUUCGGUGACAAAGCUUCGAAAUAUAUGAUCGAAACCGAAGCUUAUCAAGAGAUUUCCAAUGAACGUUGUAUUUUAUCGGAAAAUCUCCGAUUAGUUACUAUGCUUCUAGCUUCUCUCUUGAAAAAUCGUGCCAUUAAUUAUAAGCAACAUAAGAAAAUGUCUCCAAAAAUAGAUUCAUUAGAAUUGGCCCAUCAUCAUUUUAUUCCGAAACCACAUAAACCCGAUACACCAUUACGACCAAUUGUAGCGGCUAUUCAUGCACCAGCAACAGAAAUAUCCAAAUUUCUUAAUGAUUUAUUAGCACCUAUAUUUCUACGUGUUGCUCGACAAACUACAUCUAUUAAUGCUAUUGAUCUUGUUCGAGCAUUAGAAAAAUAUGCUGCCAAUGGUCAUUUAAAAUCAACCACUUUGUUUAUUACUUUUGAUGUUGAAAAUCUUUAUACAAUGAUACCACGACAAGGUGCUUUAGAAGUAUUAUUACAAUUUCUAGAGCGAAAUUUGCAUAAUAAUAAAAUCGGUACAUUACGUAUUGAUGAUAUUAUGAGAAUGGCUCGUCUCGUGUUGGAUACGAAUAUUUUUGCUUAUGAAAAUAAAUAUUAUCGACAAAUACGUGGUGGAGCAAUGGGAUCUGCCUUUACCCAAACUUUAGCUAAUAUUUAUAUGCUAGAUUGGGAACAACAACUAAUGCAUGACCAACAAGCAGAUCAGGAAAUUUAUGGAAGAUAUAUUGAUGAUGUAUUUAUGACAACAAACUUAACACAUGAUGAAAUCAAAGUAAGAUUGGACAAUGCUCAUAGAAAAGAUCCCAAUAUUCGUAUUUCUUAUUCUAUUCAAUCUACUAUCGACUUUCUUGAUGUUACCGUCAACAACGAACAUGGUCACUUGAAAACUUCUAUCUUUCAUAAAUCAGCAGCUGAACCUUAUGUACUACCUUAUACUUCGGAUCAUCCUCGACAUGUUUUUCGUAAUAUACCAUAUGCUGCUUUGUGA